GGCUGCCGUGGGCCUUACCGACACGAGGGAUGUUCGACGGAUACCAAUGGAGCCAUGUCAGACCGAGAGUAGGAGACAACAUGUAAAAUCUCGUAUGAGCAUAUGAGGGCUGGCUCGGCUGGUUGAAACGCGGCGGGUUUCAAGAUGGUGGCACCCCCUGCCAGCCCGAUCCCUGGGCGGACGGAACCCUGGACGGAACCCUGAGCACUCUUGCGCCAUCGUCACACUAGAGCGAUGACUCGCUGAAUGUAGAGCGCCACAGAACCCGGGCCAAUCAACACGAGGCUCGCAUUGCCAUUUUCUGUUGUUGAUAUGCGCUGCUUCACCUCGCCUCGGGUGUCUCUGGGCAGACUCUGGGUGUCUCUGGGUGUCGUUCGCCCUCUUGGUGUUUGCUCCCUUCACAGGUGCAGUAACCGCCGAUCAUAUCUCCUUUAUCGCCGGAUGCGUACUAUGUACCUAGGUAUGAUAGGCGGUAAAUGCAGUAGAAGGCUAGAUAGAGCAGCGUUGGGCUACCACCAUCCCCCAAAGGCGAUAAGACGAAAUCCGAUGCAGUCUGGGUUCUUCAAACGGUGCCUAAUUCGCUUGCUGGGCACUGCGCUAGAAAAGACGUCGCUUGCUAGCCAAUGCAAUAGUAAUGAAUAGGCGAGAUAUAUAUGAACACUGUUGUAGUGUAGGUCGAAGAUAAUGCUUCAGGCUGCUUCUAAGUAUAUAAUCAUUCAUGCAGAUAUAUACAAGUGCCCACUGCCGCGGCUGUACACUUGUAGAUAGCACACCGAAAUCAAUAAUAGCUCAUAGCUGCAAACGCGAUUUCGUACUUGGUGGAAGAUGAUAGCCGUCUGUGGACACUAGUAGCAGUAAGCUUGCCCCGGAUACGCCAUGUUUCAUAUUUUCAUCAUCAUCAUCAUCAUCAUCAAUGUCGUCGACGCUCGUUUGUCUGUCUUGCUAACAUAACACUACCACUUAUGUACACAUAUGUACUAUUGUACACAAUGUGUGAUACCUAGGUGAUGAUUGCUCCCCGGUGAUUGGACAGAUGCCUACAUAUGUGCUACCUGUAUUAGGUAUAUCAUAUGUAGGUACAUGUAGGUAUCUCGGGUAGGUAGGUACCUUUAGAUACUUGGUAUCGAUCAAGUGCCUUCGUAUAUGAAUUAUCAGUACGAAGUCCAUACAUGCGGCGUCAAGAUGGUGUUC